GAAGUGUGCGUCCCCCCCCCACCACCACCACCACCACCAAAACACAGACAGAGGCAGAACGCCACGUGGGAGACAUGUUUCUGCAUUUUUACCUGGACAGUAAUGGGCAGAGGGUCUACACCCUCAAGAAAGUGGACCCUGCUGGGAGGGUAACUGUCAGUGCCCACCCUGCCCGCUUCUCCCCUGACGAUCGCUACUCCCGCCAUCGGAUCACAGUCAAGAGGCGCUUUAACCUGCUCAUGACCCAGCAAGCUGCUCCGGUGCUGUGAGCUGCUCCUCUCCCCCCCCCCAAACCCCAGCUCAAGGUGAUGGAGGGGGGCAGGGGGCCAGACUUGGCCUCAGGAACCAACGGCGGGUCGGGGAGCAGCCCGAAUCGUGGCCCCUAUCGCAUUCCGAUUGGAUACUGACCCUGCUGUCUGAAUAAACCUCCCACAUGUGAACUCA